UUCAACUGGUGCCGAACCGUGUGAGCGAAGGCGCGCGGCCGGGGAUUGUUCCUGCGCUCGCUGGCUGCAGGCUGCCGGCUGCGUCCCGCCGACCCGCUCCCACGUUCUCAUCCCUCUGUAGCGGAUCGCUCCGGGGAUGCUCACCCCUCCUGCUCCCGGGAGCCAGGGCAGCGACGUCUCUGGCCCCACCUUUGCUGAUGGCGAGCUCAUCCCCAGGGAGCCUGGCUUCUUUCCUGAGGACGAGGAGGAGGCCAUGACACUAGCCCCCCCAGAGGGUCCCCAGGAGACCGACAUGGACAGCCCCAUGGAGAGCACCCAGGGCCUGGAGGACUCUGUCAGGGGUCCCACCGAGGAGAAGGAGCAGGGCCUUGGGAGCCUAUUUCUGCCGGAGGACAAGUCCCUGGUACACACUCCGUCCAUGACGACAUCAGACCUCUCCACGCACUCCUCCGCCUCACUCAUAAGCAAUGAGGAGCAGUUUGAAGACUACGGGGAGGGCGAUGACGUGGACUGUGCCCCCAGCAGCCCCUGUCCCGACGACGAGACCAGGACCAAUGUCUACUCAGAUCUGGGGUCUUCAGUGUCUUCCAGUGCUGGACAGACCCCAAGGAAGAUGCGACAUGCGUACAACAGUGAGCUGCUGGACGUCUACUGCUCUCAGUGCUGCAAGAAGAUCAACCUGCUGAACGACCUGGAAGCCCGGCUGAAAAACCUGAAGGCCAACAGCCCCAACCGGAAGAUCUCAAGCACAGCCUUUGGAAGGCAGCUCAUGCACCACAGUAACUUCAGCAGCAGUAACGGCAGCACUGAGGAUCUGUUCCGGGAUAGCAUUGACUCCUGUGACAAUGACAUCACUGAGAAGGUGAGCUUCCUGGAGAAAAAGGUGACAGAGCUGGAGAAUGACAGUCUGACCAGUGGGGAUCUGAAGAGCAAGCUGAAGCAGGAGAACACGCAACUGGUGCACAGAGUGCAUGAGCUGGAAGAGAUGGUGAAGGAUCAGGAGACCACAGCUGAGCAGACAUUGGAGGAGGAGGCCCGGAGACACCGUGAGGCCUACAGCAAGCUGGAGCGGGAGAAGAGCACUGAGCUAGAGCUGCUCAACACCAGGGUACAGCAAUUAGAGGAAGAAAAUACUGAGCUUAAAACAACAGUGACGCGGCUCAAGUCACAGACAGAGAAACUGGAUGAGGAGCGGCAGCGCAUGUCCGACCGGCUGGAAGACACCAGCCUGCGGCUCAAGGAUGAGAUGGAUCUGUACAAGCGCAUGAUGGACAAGCUACGGCAGAACCGCCUGGAGUUCCAGAAAGAGCGGGAGGCGACACAGGAGCUCAUUGAGGACUUGCGUAAGGAGCUGGAGCACCUGCAGAUGUACAAGCUGGACUGCGAGCGGCCGGGCAGGGGCCGCAGUGCAUCUGGCCUGGGCGAGUUCAAUGCCAGAGCCCGCGAGGUGGAACUUGAGCAUGAGGUCAAACGGCUGAAGCAGGAGAACCAUAAGCUGCGGGAUCAGAAUGAUGAUUUGAAUGGACAGAUCCUGAGCCUCAGCCUCUACGAAGCAAAGAACCUCUUUGCUACUCAGACCAAAGCCCAGUCUCUGGCUGCAGAAAUUGACACAGCCUCCAGAGAUGAGCUAAUGGAAGCCCUAAAGGAGCAGGAAGAGAUCAACUUCCGACUGCGGCAGUACAUGGACAAGAUUAUCCUGGCCAUCCUGGACCACAACCCCUCCAUCCUGGAGAUCAAACACUGAGACAGGGAAUGGCUGCAGGGCGGCCUUGGAACCGUAGGACCAAGGGGCAGGCCUGCCCCAGGAUGCAAGCCAGGGCCCCACACUCACACUCACACUCCCCAUGCUUUCUGCUGGAGCACGUGUGGGAGCUCAUGCGUGGAAGCAAGGUGUGAGCAUGGGGCCGUGGGUGGGCGUGCACUUGGUGGCUCCUCUGCAGGAGUCAGAAGGUCCUGGAACUGGGAGGUGCAAGGUGUGCUCUCAGGAAUUGCUGUCACAGAAAGAACUGGAAGUGUGGAUCACAGAUACUGGAUAAAAUGACUACCUCUGAGCAUCAGAAUCAGAAAACACUCUAGGGAGUGUGUGGGGGGGGGGGUGUUUCUUCCCCUCCCCAUAGGAGUUGUGAGCUGCUUCAGGAGUUUGGGUAACCUCUUUAGCCACCUUUCACUCCCAGGUGUUGAAGCUUAAAGAAGAGAAAGGGGUGCAGGUGUAUGGGGUCCAGAGGAUGCGGGUUUACGGAGUAGCUGGCAUGAGCCAUCCUCAUUCAGUCGAGCCGUUGACAUUUGUAGUUUUCUGUGUCCUCCCAUCCUUGCGUACCUACCUCCGCUUCCAAGUCUGUUUUCGGUUCAUCUUUAUGACAGUAGGGGUAGAAGGAUGGAGUAGAAGGGAAGGCCAAGAAGAAGGUGGGGCUGGGAAGUAUCUGAAGCAGGUGCUGACACUGGGUAGCCCAAAAAGUGACUUCCCAAGAGGAUCAUGGCUCGCACAGCUGCAUCUUGACACGUGCACAGCCAACCUGAUGCAUCCCGUCCCCACCGCCCCACAUCACCAGCCCGGGCUCCACGCCACCUGGUGAGGGCAAGCCUUGCGAUGGUCUCAAGCUUGGGCUCUGCUGCCAGGUAGCCAGGUCCCUUCACUCCAGCCUUAGGAGUAUUGGCCUUUGGGCUGCACUGGUGGGGAGAGCUGCAGGCCACACUGCAGGGAAACCUCAGUCUUCCAUCCUUCUGACCUGUGGUGACAAUUCCCAUGGAGACCCCUAAUGGGAUCUUUUCUGGGCAGCUGGGAGUAGACAGGGCACUGACCUGGGUUUUCCACUUCAUCUCUGUUUUAUAUGGCUUCUCAUUCUUCUCCUCACCCCAGAGCUCUAUCAACAUGUGCAUUCUCAUUUCCUCCCUUGCAGUUUCUUGUUUCCUCCGGCACCUCUAGUGUAAAAUGGAAGGUUCAGGCACGUUGGGAGGGACAGAGUGGUGUUUGCAGAGUAGGGAGGGGCGGGAGAGGUGAGGAGGGGGGCAGGAUGGAAGCUGGGCAGUCUUUCUUCCAUUCCAGAUGCUUGAGCUUUGGAGCUUGUGAUUUCCUUUUAACCACAUGGAUGGGGGUUGUCUCAUGCUUCAGAGAGUGGGUUGUGCUGGUCCGCUUAAGAUGAGCUAAGCCACAUGAAGACAAUGAGGUAAAGGGUCUAUUCUGGGGGCUCACUCAGGAAACUGUGGUGUUCUGCAGCUUCCCCCAGGGUCUGAGCAGAUGUAGGCAGAGAUGGAGGGUGGAGGAGUGGGGUCUUGAGAAUCUGCCAGUAGGAAGGAAUGGGAAAAGAAUCAUGGCAGGAGGUUGGUCUGGGUUAUUUCUGAAGGCUACAGAGGCAGCCUAAUCAGAGUCCUGCUCCUAGGGCUUUGCGCAGGCACCAGCAUUUUCCGUGUCACCUUGUGGAUGCUCUUUAGCUGUGCAGGAAGGGAUUUCUGGAGAAGGCUGUAGAGGAUGGAGUUACAUAGAGACUCAGUAUAGGAAAGAAUUUCCACCGGGUGAACAGGGAACAGAAAAAUUGUCUCCCUGUAGAAGGUUCCACUGAACAGACUUCUCCAGGAAACACCAAGUCCCUGUAGACUCAGGCAGGUGCCAGGGGGGCCUCUGGAAGAUGGCCAUUUCUUUUCUUUUCUCUUCUUCUUCUUCUUCUUUUUUUUUUUUUUGGUGGGUCAUGGGGCAUGAACUCUGGGC